AUGGCAACCUCCUCCACCUCCGCUACUCUGCGAGAUCAGCUGGGUCAAGCUACCAUCGGCGGCGGCGGUAAAGACCCUAGAGAACCUGGCAGCUUCGACCCGUUCCAGCCUUAUGAGAAGGACUCGGCCAAGAUGACUCCAGCCCAGAAAGAACGCCGCCGUCAGUCGAAGAAGCUUCGUCGUAAGCAGUCACGAGACCUACGUCAGUCCUCGGAUGCUGCUACUACGACUUCGAGCAAAGCUCGCACGAAGCCACCACUUCCUCAGAAGUGGACCGGAGUGGACUCUGAACCUGAAGAUUUCACGACUCCGCGUGCGGCCUUGGCCAAACCAGCUCGCGCACCAAUGCAACCGACCGCUUCCGAGGUGGCCCUGCUUCAGGCGGACACCAAAAAGCUUCGGUCCAUCUACUCACUACCAGUCACGCAAACCCUCAUUCGGUGGCGGGCCUCUCGCGGAAUCACCGGCGGCAAUCACCAUAGCUAUUCUGAAGCCAUGACCGCACACAUUCGUGGUUACCUUGCCGCGACCCCUUGCGAGAGCUGUCAGAGAGGCGGCGGCCCCUUCCUAGAUUGCGUGUUGAUUGAUACGAGCGACCUGAAUAGCGCAUGUACCUGUUGUUAUUGGGGUGGUCAAGGUAGUCGAUGCACUUUCCACGAGCCUUCACGCGCUCCUGCGGUUCCGCAACAACACAUGAUGGAGGGCUUCGCGCUGCCUGUAGGCCGCGACUACGACAAUUCCCUGGAUAUCCUGGAAGUGGCUGAGAGAGCUGCGCUUCUUACUGCGCGCCUUUGCAACAGAGCUCGUCGGCUUGCCCGCAACGAGCCUGUGUCUGCUUUGGCUGCUCGUGGCCGCGGUCGUCACUCGAGCCGUAGCAGCGCUCGCAACACCUCUUCCGGCAGUGCAGACCAGGGCGACGAAGACGAGGUUAAGGAGGAGUCGGAGUGA